AUCACGGCAUCGGAUGGACUCCAAGAAGAAGUUUAGUCUGAAGUCUAUAAUCCAAAAGAGCUCAUCAAACCAUGGACUGAGUGGACAGGCGUCGAGUGGCGACCGGUCUCAGCACCAAAACACGGGUCAGACGUGGGAUCAGGUGCUGAGCGCCUGGAGGGCGACCGACACAUCACUGGAGACGUACGCGCGCGAGAAGUCGAGCCGACAGUCGACGGCCGACCCGACGACCGCCGACACGGAGACGGAUGCGGCGAUACUCGAGUCGAUCGACGCGAAGUACUUCCGGGCGGUCGGCGCUGAGCCCCAAACAGAGGACGAGUUGGCGUUCGACGGACUGCCGGCCGUCCUCUCACUCGACUGGCUGUCGGAGCGGACGCGCCGUUUGCGGCGCCAGUUGUCGGUGGUGUCGACCCGCGUGUCGGAACUCAUACUGAAGAAUGAAUGCAAAUACGAGUCGGAGUUGGAGAGAGUGACGCGAUUGCAGGCCUCCCUAUCGGACGCCAUCAAAGUCUGCACGACUGGGCGCCGGUCUCUCGACCGAUGUCGGGGCGACUUCACGGGCCGCGCGCUGGCGAUCGUGGCCUCCCAUCGCCGGCGGGAGGUGUUGAGGGGUCUCCUGAAGUCCGUGCAGACCAUUAAGACGCUGCAGGAGACGGACGUCCGGCUCCGGGAGCUGCUCGAGGAGGACGAGGACUACACCGGCGCUAUUCGGCUGUACGUGGAGUGCCAUCGAGUGGUGCAGUCGAUGAGACACUUCCAGUGCAUCCGCGAACUCAAUGCCAAACUUCAGGACACUCUCGAUGUGACGGAAGAGCAGAUCGAUGUGGCGUUGAGUCGGAUGUGUCUGUCAUUCAAUCGUCAACUCUAUGUGCGACUCAUGAAAGCCUACGAACUGUUGGGCAAAACGCAGACAGCGAUGGAUCAGCUGCUGAUGCACUUCGCGUCGGCCGUCCAUAACAAGGCGUUCGCCAUUGUGUUGGGUUAUGUGGAGCUGUUCGCCGAGACUACCGGUGCUGACAAUUACCACAAACGCCAGUACAACGAGUUGUGU